AUGGUGGCACGCAGGAGGAAGCGUGCGGCGCGGGACUCUGAGAAGGGGAUUCUGAGCCCGCCGGGCUACUCAGCCAUUCCCAUCAAAUUCUCUGAAAAGCAGCAGUCUUCUCAUUACCUCUAUGUGAGAGAGCACAAAGUUCGAGAAGGCACCAAGUCUUCCUGGCCUCAGAAACGGACCCUUUUUGUCCUCAAUGUGCCCCCAUACUGCACAGAGGAGUGCCUGUCCCGCCUCCUGUCCCCCUGCGGCCCUGUCCAGUCGGUGGAGUUACAGGAGAAGCCGGAUCUUGCUGAGAGCCCAAAGGAGCCAAAGUCAAAGUUCUUUCACCCCAAGCCAGUUCCUGGGUUCCAGGUGGCCUACGUGGUGUUCCAGAAGCCACGUGGGGUGUCAGCUGCCUUGGCCCUGAAGGGUCCUCUGCUGGUCUCGACAGAGAGUCACCCUGUGAAGAGUGGCAUUCACAAGUGGAUCAGAGACUACGCAGACUCAGUGCCGGACCCCGAGGCCCUGAGGGUCGAGGUGGACGCGUUCAUGGAGACAUACGACGAGAAGCUGGCUGAGGAGGAGGCUAAGGCCAAGGAGGAGGAAGGGGUCCCUGACGAGGAGGGCUGGGUGAAGGUGACCCGCCGGGGCCGGCGGCCGGUGCUCCCGAGGACGGAGGCGGCCAGCCUGCGGGUGCUGGAGAGGGAGAAGCGGAAGCGUGCCCGCAAGGAGCUGCUCAACUUCUACGCCUGGCAGCACCGCGAGACCAAGAUGGAGCAUCUCGCGCAGCUGCGCAAGAAGUUCCAGGAGGACAAGCAGAGGAUCGAGCUGAUGCGGGCCCAGCGCAAGUUCCGACCCUACUGAGCCUCACCCGCCCGUGGGCCCCGUGGAGAGGGGUGGUGACUGGGUGGCAAUGCGUGGCCAGCGAGGACACAGGGCCUGCAACACUCAUCUCAGUGGCCGUGCCCAGGCUGAGGGGCCACGCAUCAGCCCCCGAGAUCUGAGCCCACGUGAUGUGGGGUGCAGGACAGUGUCACCCCUUGGUUCCUGUGCUUCGGCAGUCCUGGGGCCUGGCGCGAGGACUUGGACUCCGGAAGCCACUGGCCCAGGAAGUGGCUCCUUCCCCAUCAUGGGCUCUGUCCCCAGCCUGUCUCUGGACUCUCCUCUCAGGGCUAAGUAUCUGCUGUGUUCUCCCCUUCCUCCUGACAGAGAAGCCCCUGCGGGCAGUGAGACAGCCUCAAAAGCAGAAAGAAUACAAGAGCAUUUUAUUUUUCAUUCAGCUGGACGGCAAGAGGAGGCUACAAAAGGUCGAUGGUCCUAUGCCAGCCCCCCCCCCACCCCCGCCUGCUACCCAGUCACAAGACAGGUACCUCCGACACCCAGACACAUCUCCCCCUUGAAGUCACAGAUGUUAGAGUCAGAAUCUUGUAUCCCCUCCGCCCCCCUCCCCCACCCAGCUCUGCCACAGGAUUCUUUUGCGGCCAUGCUGGUCUUCAGGACCAGGGGGUCCUGUCCCCACCACGCCUGGCCUGGGCUCGGGAGCUAGGCGUCCCAGGCUGAGCAGGCGUCUGUAGCCCCGGGCCCAGGGCUACAGCUGGGCUGGGAUCCUCUCCUUGCUCUGUAAAAAGGAGCUGAUGACACCGGCCAUGUGCUGGGGUUGGUUCAUGUGGACGUAGUGGUUGCCAGGGACUUGCACGUACUGGAACCUCUGGGGAAAGGAGGGGACAGGCGGUGCGGUGACCCAGUGGAGGGCUCCGUGGGCCCCUCUGGCGCACUGGGGCUUUCCCGCGGCCAGCUGCCUCCCAGUGUCCACCACAGGAGCCUUGGCAGCGACUGACCCGCGGCCUUGCGGGCCCCAGUCAGUCACAGCACCCCCUGGGGGGCAUCAGGGCCUGGCUCACGGCCAUGAGAAAGGCCUGUCUGGGAGGCAAGAGCCCAAACCCUGGGGUUCUAGGCCAUUCUGAGCUGAAGUUGUAGAGCUAGGCUGGGGGAGGGGCUGGUAGUCGGGGCUGCUGCUGGUUCUCAUCACCACAUAAGGUCCACUUGCAAAAAGAAUAGACCAUCAGCCUUUCAGACUUGCCCUUGCCCGGGAGAAAGGCUGACAAGGCAGGAAGGCACUGCAGUUGGCCAGCCAGCCAUACGGGCUUCCCUCUUGUGUCACUGCCAAGUCGUCGGCACAGGCCCCAGGGUCAGGUGUUUGUGGUGGAUGAUGGUCAUAAAAUGCCAGGUGCUCCCAGGAACCCAGGCAAAGGGCAAAGUCACAGCACACAUCCCAGCCCUCCAGCUUGGAGGCCAGCACCCACUGAUGGGACUGGUCCUCUGUUCCCGUGUGGGACCCUAGGAAAUCGUGGCAGUGCUGAGUUGGGUGUGGCCCAGGGAAUAUGUGAUGACAAUAAAACCGGGAGAUUCUGCCAAUGAGAA